UUCAGUGAAAAAAAAAAAAGUCUCUGAGCAUCUUUUCAGGGUUUUUUUUCCCCCUAGAAAGGGGUGCAGGCAGACUUGCCAUCUGUCCGACUUCUGAGCUACGGAGUUGUGCUCCUGGAAUCAAUUUUGUAGAGUCAGUGAUGUCCUUCAUAUGUCAUUGAAGCAGGGGCAGGGAGAGGCGUGGGGCUGGGGGAAGGAAGGUUAUUGCAGGUAACUGCAGUGCUCAGCAGCAGAGACUCCGUACCAGGAGAGGACUGAACACCAGAGCAGCUGCUGGCUGCAGGGAGCUGCUGGUUAUUAACGGCCAAGGCGAGUGUCGUGCCAUUGGUUUGUUUCCAACUUAAAAAUAACAACCUUUAAAUGCUGCUUUUCUGUUUUCCCCGCAGGUAAAUAUGUCUAUCAGCCCAUGACACCCGUAGAGCAGCUUCCCAGCACUGAAAUACCCGUGCGCCCUCGGGAGUCUACAAACACCAUCCAGAUCUCCGUUUCGCUCACCGAACACUUUUUGAAGUUUGCGCCCGUCUUCCAGCCCCCUCUGCCCCCCGACUCCCCCCAGUUCUGCACGAUCGCAGACCUCUUCAUUGACAAUUACCGCGUGAAAUGCAUCAAUGGGAAGAUGUGCUACGUGCAGAGGCAGCUGCCCCCCGUGCCCCACAAGAUAAAGCCCGAGGAAGCCCCUGUUCGCAAUGCCUUAAUCACAAAAGAGAGCAAUACACCAAAACCAGAUCACUGCUCGUCCCCUUCCAGCUCCGAGGACUCUGGGAUCAACGCCGUGGGCGUUCACUACAUGGAGUCGUGUGACGAGGACACGGAAGGGGUGGCCGAGCUCAGUUCAGAAGAAGAUUACAGCCCGGAUAGCAGCUGGGAACCAGAUGAAUGCCCACUCUUGUCACCCUCGCAGUGUGAAAUGGAGGUGAUCGAGACUAUAGAAACCACUGUGUGAUCCAACAAGUUGCUAUCAGACCAGUCCAGUUCCCACUCAGUAAUGUUGCUUUUGUAGUAUUUAUAGGUUUUUUCUUCUGACAAUCCCUUUUUUCCAGUGCACUUGAUAUUUCAGAUUCUUCAUGGGAGCGCGGUUACGGGACUUGCAUAUUGGGGAACUAGCAGCAGCCUGAGCAAUUUUAACACAUUCUCAGCCCGAUCAGAUCUCCCACGUCUGCAUGUAAGGUAGUGAUAAAUCUUAGGAGUUUUUUAGCUGACGUAGGCCCUUUUUGUGGUCCAGGUCACAUCGUACACUACUCAUAGGAGGAUGUGCCAAGCGAGAUGUUUCCAUCUGUCAGGAUGUUUGCAGCAGGCCUUCAAAGCACAGAGGGCGAGCCGGUGCAGCACGCCUGCGAGCAGCAGAACCAAGUUGCCCUUAUUCUUUCUCAAACAGCUAUGCGAGGUGCGGCAACAAGAGGCCCUUUCCGUCUCUGUCUGCCCUUGUGCGUUGUCCACCCUUUUCUGUAGUGCUGGCGCGCCCCUCCACGAAGGCUGUUGGCACCACUCUUCCAGCGGGUUGGUGUGGCAGGCUAGAGAAAGCACAAAGUGCCUCCAACUUUUCUCCAGGCUAUGCACCGAGCAUCUGCUGAGCUAGGUCAGGCCCUGAAAUCUCCUGAGAAGGCAACUGUUGCUCUGGAGGGGAAUCAGUUGCCUGGCUCCCGCUGGUCCCUUUUCUCUGCGCGGCUCUCGGGGUCUGGCUUUUGCAGCUCGGCAGGAGCAGGCAGCGAUGAAGCGCAGCCGUCUCACCAAUACCAUGCCAGGCUGGGGUGUAAAAUGCGAGGCGAAGGCAGCGACUACCUCUAAACACAAACGCCUGCCCUCGGCUUUGCCUGCUGCGUCCUCCUGUGCUGUUGGUGCCGGACACGUGCACUCAGGACCAAAUGGCCUCAGGGCCUGCAUUUGCCCGAAGAAACAAAAUUAAAAGGGAAAAAA